AUGCAAGACAUUACAUUGGAAUCAUUUCUUGAUAAUUUAAGAAGUGAAGAUAUUGAGAUAAGAAUGGAAACUUUGACAUAUUUACCUAUCCUAUUACCAGAACUUGAAAUUCAAACUGUUAAAGAAAUUAUUGUAAAUUUAGUUCAUUCGCUAUUUGAAGAAGAAGAGUUAGAUCUUUUUGCAACUGACCAAUUGCCGUUAUUUACACAAAUAUUAGGAAAAGAAGAAAUAUAUAAUUUAUAUCCAUUGUUUGACAUUUUGCUUGGUGCACCUGAGAUUAAUAUAAGAGAAAAGGCAAUGACGUGUUUUGCUGAAAUAAUAACUAUCUAUCCCGAAAAUGAUUAUCUCCCAUAUAUUAAAGAAUUAUGUAAAGUUUCAAUCUAUGGAAAAAUUUCAGCUGCAAAAUUAAUUUGUUUAUUACCAGAAAAUGAUGGUGUAUUUACUGUUAUAAGAGAAUUAUCACAAGAAGCUUUUCCACCUAUAAGAAAAGCUGUUGCUUGUGGAAUAGAAAAAGUUGAAAAUAUGCCAUCAGAUAUUAUAGACGUUUUAUUUAAAGACCCAAUUGAUUCAGUAAGAAUUGGAUUUAGUAAAUGUCUUCCUUAUCUUUGUCGUAAAGAAGAAUAUAUUAAUUACUUUAAAGAACUUGCUCGUGAUCCAUGUUGGCAUGUUAGAUAUGUUUGUGCAGUUAAUAUUGGUAAAUGUUGUGACGCAAUUCCUGGAGAUGUACUUACCAAAGACGUUCAAGAUAUUACUUUUGAUUUAUUAAAUGAUGAGGAUGAUCAUGUUCGUUCUAUGGCAGCAAGUCAUAUUGCUGACAUUACAAAGAAAAUUCCACCAGAAACUAUUAUUAGUGAAAUUCUUCCAUUGGCAGAGAAAUUAUCAGUUGAUCCAGUUAUUGAUGUUCGUUCAUCACUUGCUGCCUCUAUUACACAAAUAGCUCCACAAAUUGGACGUGCAAAUUGUCAAAAUUAUUUAUUUAAAAUUAUUGAAACUUGUCUUCAAGACAAUAGUACUGAAGUACAACUAAAGAUAAUUACUACAUUAGAUUAUUUAAAUCAUGUUAUGGUAUUAUCUCAAUUAUCUCAAAAAGUACUUGCUACUGUAAUGAAAUUAGUAAAUGAUUCAUCAUGGAGAUGUAGAUUACAAACAAUAGAAUUAAUUCCUGAAUUAAUUCAACAAUUAACCGAAUGUCAAUUUGAAUUAGUACGAGUAAGUGUAUCUAUACUAACAGAUAAAGUUUAUGCAAUUCGAGUAAAGGCUAUUGAAAAUAUUAAAAAGCUUAUUGCAUCAUGUGGUAUUGAUUGGGUUAAAUCACGUAUUCUUCCAUCAGUAAUUUCUUUAGCUAGUUCUGGAUUAUAUCAUCAUAGAAUUAUUUGUAUGAAUUGUAUAACACAAAUUAUUCCAUCUCUUUCUGCUGAAACUAUUACUACAAUUAUUAUUCCUAUUGUUCUUAAAUUACUUACAGACAAAGUUCCUAAUGUCCGUUUUAAUGCAAUUAAAACUUUUAUUGUUAUUCUUCCAUUAGUGUCAGGUAAUAUUAUUCAAACUAGAAUUAAACCAGCAUUACUUGCAACUAAAAAUGAUAAAGAUGCUGAUGUUCUUGGAGAAUUAACAAAGGCAAUAGAAAGUGUUAAUCAGUUUUUAUGUUGA